AUGAUGAACGCAGAGGAAGAACGGGCGUGGAGCGCAAAAAUUUUGGGGACUUCGACGAGGGAUAAACCCCAGGCACAGCAGCCGGUCUACUCCGAUGACGUACCGACGCUGCGGGAAGAAAAUCGUGAGUUAAAGCGCUUGCUGAGAGAUCUCGUUUUCUUCGACGUCUCUAGAGGAAUAGUCCCGAAAGAUGAACAGCGAAAACAUGGAGCAGGCUCGAUGUGUGACAAGAGCAACAUAGAGAUGGACGUCAAAGACAAAGGAUUCUACGAUCUGCCGCUGCCAAUACAAGCAGAAUACAUACUGCUUAACAUGCAGAAAAGGUACUAUUUCUGAAGGACAAUCGACGUAGUAGUUCUAAAGACGCUUAUUGUCAUUAUAGUUGUUCGUCUACUACAAGAACAGGAUGUCCUGACAAAAUUUGGUAAUUGUUUUUUUGAUGUGAUCCAGUCCGAUCAUUGCCGAUAGAUAGCCGCCCAACGAUAGAUCAAGUUCCGCUUUCACACCCACCCAUCACCAGAUUCAACGACGCUUCUACUUACGUGAAGCAGAACUGUGUCAUACAGCAGCCAGCCGAGUCCCCUGAGAACAAAGAGAACAAGGUAACGACAAGCAGCAACACCAGCACGCUUGACGUUGUCAAAAAAGUCAUAAAAAAUGCGACAGACGGUGUCGACAUCUACAAGAAGUGGCAGUACGAUAGCAUAGACGUCAACCGGUUCGAUUGGACUAAGCAGCGGAUGGAGAAGAAGAAAAACAUAGACGCAUUAGAUGGUACACGACUCAUAUAGUAACGGAAACUAGAUGUUGUUGAUGUAUAAAAAUAAAUAUGAUUGCAAAAAUCAAGCACGGCUUGUUUCCAUCUGUUUGUGGUGCCUGUUAUGGUAGAGAUAGAUUGUCCAUGUCCUCUACCUGUCUCCACCAUGAUUGAACUUCUUCUGCUCCACGAUCAUGCUUGAACUUCAACGAUAAAACAGAGUUUCUCGGGGAGCUCACAAGUGACCUGAAAGAGCAUGCGACAACGAACCAAGACCUCACAAAAGUUCGGCGGUCUAUAGGGAAGAAAAUAUCGAAGCAGCAGAAGGAAGGUAAGUUGCAGCAUACACUUUUAGUUACUUUUAACUUAGAGUAGAUUUUCCUUCGACCACAUCGACAUCUGUAAACAAAAAAUUGUUCUCUCAUCGACCAAAAUAUAUAAUCAAAAUUUUGUUCACUUUUUUCCAUCAUCCUGCCUACCUAUUCCUCCAGGUCUGCAGUGGAAGAAUACGAAAGAGGAGAUGAACAAGCACUUGUCAAUAUUGGAGCAUUGCUACGAGUACAUAUCGAAUCCAAGUUACAACUUCAUUCGAGAAAAUUCCAAUGAACCGUACGUGCCUCAAAUAAUCCGAGGAAUGAGAACAACAAUAUCAGAGCUAAUGCGCCAGAAUCGAGAGCUAGAGCUAAAAUUAGCAUUUGCAGAAAGGCAAAAGAAAAAAUUCAUAACGAAGAUAAAAGGUACUUGCUUUUGGGAUUAAAUCUUGUAAUUUGUUUGCUUAACAAGGCAACGGCAAGCUGAACAGACUGCUUACAGGUAGUAGAAGGCUGUAACUGGAAUUAUGCUUUUCUAGAGGGACCCUCGAGACAACUCAUACAUCCAUGAAGAUUCACACGACAUCAUGAAGAUUGCAGAUCAAACUCAUAUCUUCCUGUAAUACAACGACAGCGCUGUACGAGGACGAAGUUCGAGGGAGCUCGGUGUCUUCAGAAGCAUCCAGUCUAGCACAAGUGGCGAAGGCUGGGGCGGUCGACGUCUCAGGAUGUACUGCUGCUAAAAGAAACUUUGAUUAUCAUAUUCUCGUAUUCUAUUUUCUCCAAUCUGAUGAAGCAAAGGCGGUACGCAAGACGAGACUUAGUGCGAACAAGUAGUCCUGCAAUGUUACAACUAGAAGGGACCAUCGAGGACUCACCCCCAGCGAACGGAAUACAGUACGUAUUACAUUUCUACAGGCCGACGAGGUGAAUCUCGUUAGUGUCCAGUAGUUCCUCUGUCCAGCUGUCUCCCUGUCCAGCUGUCCCUCUGUCCAGCUGUCCCCCUGGCCAGCUGCCCCUCUGUCAAGCUGUCCCUCUGUCCAGCUGUCCCGCUGUCCCUCUGUCCCGCUGUCCCUCUGUCCCCGGCGUGGUCCACUCUCUCUGUCUUCGGUGUCCUCUCUGUCUCCGGUGUCGUGGUCCCCUCUGUCCUCGUUGUCCCUCGCUCUCUCCUCGGUGUCCCUCUCUCCUCGGUGUCCCUCUGUCUUCGGUGUCCCUCUGUCCUCGGUGUCACUCUGUCCUCGGUGUCCCUCUGUCCUCGGUGUCCCUCUGUCCUCGGUGUCCCUCUGUCCUCGGUGUCCCCCUCUUUCUCUUUCUCUCUCUCCCUCUUUGGCUGUGCGUGUCCAUGCGUCCGCGCGGCCAGAUUUUUCUGCGUGUUUCUGGUUGUCUCUGGGGAGCGUGUCGGGCUGUGAGGCUUUGCCGCGGCCCUCUCUUUGGGGUCCUCGUCUCUCCUCCAUCCUUCUGAUAGUGAAACAGGACGAGGGUCGCCUUUUUCCUCUGUGUGGUUGUUGUGGCGUUUUUGAUGCUCAAAAAUCACCAAACACCUCUCGCCGUCGAGUGGGUGGCAAUCCUCGAAGGCCCGAACUAGAACUAGUUAGAGGUUACAUAGCUGAGUCAAAUGUAUCAACUAACAAUCCUCACUCCCACAGUCGGGGCGUCCUCGUCGUCGACCUCCGGUGUCAAUUUAGACGAGUGCAUUUGGCCGGGUACUAGUAGUUGGCGAGGGCCAGCGCUCGAGAAGCUAGAGCAGUAUGUCCCAAUAACGAGGCCUAAUGCCAGAGGAAAGCCAGUGCAAUUUUUGAACUUUCUGCUAGCGUGCAAUGGCCACAUGCCAUUUGAGUUUCUCUUCGCAGUUACGAAGGACGACUUAAAAAGUUGUAUCAAUUUUCUCGGUUGCGAGUACGUGGAAAACGUGUUGCGGACGAAGGGUCUCGAGUGUGCCUUCCAGAAUUUACAGGAGACGAGAUUUUUGACCGACAUCAACGCGGCCGUGAGGUAUCUAGUAGCGUCGAUAUCUUGCGUCCUCCGAUGCGACCGAGCGUCGUACUGGAUCGUAGACACGAAUCGAGGCUUUGCAUGGACCAAGUCCGCGGGAGGCGCAGGAAUGGCCGAAAUCUGCAUUCCACUUGACGUCGGUCUCAUCGGGGAAGCAAUCGCGCAACAGAGGGCGGUCAACGUCGCAGAUGCAUACAUGCAUCCAAAGUUCAAUAAGGCAAUCGACAUGAGGACAGGGUACUUUAUCUUUUAUCUGUGAUCGUGUGCAGUAUUCAGUCAUUUUGGUGAGUCGCCGCGCUCCCUAGUACCCAAGCUCUGAACAAUAGUUUGAGUUUCUACAGGGGGGGUACCGUCCGGCCCCGAACCAUAUAUAAGUAACGAGUAACGGUAACCUCUAGCUCUAGUUGAAUCAUGUAAAAAUGUCCACUACCCGCACCAUCACUCUUAAAAUUCAGGUACCGCACUCGGUCCGUUCUUUGUGUGCCCAUAAUAGUGAAGGGCAAGACCGUUGCUGUUAUUCAGGCCAUCAACAAGCUGUCGACAAUGAGUGAAAACUUAAACGGGAACCCGAUAUUCGACGAGCGGGACGUCUUCAUGCUUCACGUACUAGGGUACGGCAUGACUGAUGUGGUGCUUUCAUGUGAAGAAAUCGAGUUGGACACCCAAAUCAACAGGAGAAAGGACCUACUCAUUGCCGCUACAGGUAUUUACUUUAAUUGGUUCAUUUUUUGCUCAUGAGAUAGAGAUAAUUCACGAAAUAAAGUCAUCGAGGAGGACGGAGAGCACAUGAAUCUUUCUAAGUACUUAUAAAUAUGCAUACCUGAGAAAGCUCAGGCUCACAUCGUUCCCUUUGCAAGAAUCCAUCCGGCCUGAGUCUGCAUCUUUUCAACCCGCCUUUCCAGGUGAUUUAUUUCUGCAUUGCCAUCAGAAGUCAGACCUUCUUUUAAUGUUGAACAAGUAUCUGGCAAACCUCUUUCGAGCGAAUUCAGCGACGAUAAUACUUCUCUAUUACGACCACAUGGCACGACUAGAGCGGAACGAAAGCGGCGACAUGGUCGAGAAGGUUUGCUUAGACAAGAAUGCAGGUACUCCUUAUAACUAGUGAAAUUGAAAGAGUUUCUGGCGAACAAAAUUUUGAAUCGCUUCCGUGAGAAUCAGAAAAAUACGAUCGAUGUUUGAAAAACUCUUACCAACAAGUGCCACGCUUUGGGCAUGGGCUCCUCGUCCAUCUCAUGAUGAAAGCAGAACCAGAUGAAUGGGGAUCCUCAUUCAUCUGGUUCUGCUUUCAUCAUGAGUCGAACCUUCCACACCAGGUCUAGCAGGCCUCUGCGUUCAUGAGCGGGCCAGUUUGCACUGCGGAAAUAUCAAGGAAGACCCGAGGUAUAGACCCGACCUCAUUGAUCUAGUCGUCGGCGACUUAGCAUCGGGUGAUGGCACCGGUACUACCGUAGCAUUGCAUAGUUGGCCUUUGUAUCGUGGCCGCCUACUCUCAGCCGUGAUCCAGUGGAGCUGCGAACAAAGGAGCCGCGUCGAUUUUGGCGAUGACGGGAGCUUCAACGAGCAAUCUAAUCGACACGCAGAUCUCCUGCACAAAAUGCUCAUACUCAUACAGGUACCUACCUUGAGCUUGAUCAUGUUUUCGAUCUAGUCCUCGUUGUGAUUCAAGAAACCUCUCCAAGUAGUCCUGUUUUCAGAGCAGUGCAGGCACUUCGUCGAUCUCGACUCGUUAUGGGAGUGACUGUCUUGUUUCAUCCUGUUCAUCUUCUUCACCAGGUCUAUCUCGAAAUCUGGUAUCCGACCCUGGAGCGAUUGCAGAGUGGAAUCCAGAAGCGUGCUAGGAGAGGUAUGAAGAUGGCGCGACUUCUGAAACGCGAUAUGCCAGGUAGCAAGUCGAAAGGUGUGUUCGAUGCUGCAGGUGGGGAUAAACAGCCGGAGCCGUCCGAGGAGGAGCAUGAAAACUGAGCCGCCUGCGCCGGUGCAAACUCAGUCAUGAUAGACGAUCAUUCUAGCAGUUGUUGUAGGCAUAUGUUGUUACAUUUCAUCUAACUCAUCAUUGACAUUGACAUAGUUAGAAGUUCGACGAGGAUAGAUUUUCUUUGCGAUAUCGCUUCGCUUUCAAUCUUGUCAGCAAAAAAUUCCAAAAAUGAACUAUUCCAUUCACAAGUCAAUAAUGCACAUUCAGUCUGAUUCUGAAUUCGGUUUCGGUCCCUUCUCGUACGUAAAUAUCUUAUUGUCAGGGCUGUGUCCGUGCAGUGCCACGAUUCGCAGUGUAGGACUAAUUAAUUAUGCGAAAACAAAUGAAUGAAUCGGAACCCGAUCAUUCCUUUAAAUUUCAUGGUAGUAGUAAUCUUCACUCAUUCUGUGCAUAUAGACAACGCAAGGAAUACGAACAGUCAUCGAGCUGCAGGAGAGCUGAUAUUCUUUAUACACGACUCCAUUUUUUCCCGUCAUCGCAGAGUAUUAUGGCUGGAAAUCGUAAAUUUUCAUCUGCAGCUUGAAGUUUCCCCACACCUCCCCUUUCCACCUCAUUCCCAUACCCAUGCUCCUCAUUCCCACAGAACUUAUGUUUUGAUAUUGAUGUAUUCGUAAAGAAUAUCGUUAACAUGAUCAAUGAAAAUGAUGAAGAAUGUCCAGGCGAAAGUCACCUCAAGACUACUAGCUCUGAACUCCUCUUUGGGAUAUAUGGAGGGAACAAUAUGGCCACUUUUGGGUUUACACUCUUUCUCUUUUUUCUUUCGAAAACAUGAACUGAAUAGAAUGAACAGUGAGAUAACGUAGGCAAUGAACAAUUUCUAAUUCAAGUAACUUAGUCUUACUGAAAUCAAGUAUAAAUUAGGCUAUGAUGCUUAUCAGCAGGUCGUUUCAUCUUGUGCAUGAGAUACUACUAACAUGAGGGUUGCCGGGGGAAGCCGCAUCGCUCAGUGAUAAAAAAUAGAUUAGAUACAAAAGGCAUGAUGUUAGAAUGAACAUCAAUGUAAUUUCGUAAACGUACUGAUAGCGACGACUAAUGACAACAGAGCUUUUUGCCUGGUCAGGCAAAAUACACAAUACAGAAACACGUCUUUCAAAGCCAGGACGAUCC